AUGGCUCGUAUUAAACUACACGGAGACUACGUUUCUCAACCUUGUAGAGCUCUGGCACUUGUGAUGAAAGCAAAUAAUAUCGCCUAUGACUUUGUCUCCAUACCUUUGCUACCAAUCUCUGACCGAAGUUGUAAACCAGAGGGAAAUGCCGCAGCCGUUAAUCCAUUUAAAUGGGUGCCUACUCUUGAAGUGGAAGGCGAUGGAUGCAUUUGGGAGAGUUCUGCCGCACUGCAGUACCUGGCUGAGAUGGAUGGUGUACCCGAACACUGGUACCCCAGAAGUGGGAGGGCAAGAGUCAUGGUGAACACAUACUUAGCCUCACAUGGAUCAGACACAAGAAAAAAUGCAUCGGGAUACUUUGUCAGGAGUUACGUAGGAAAAUACUUCAAUAUGAGUUUUACCGAGGAUGAAGUUAAGGAAAUACGUGAGGGAUUUGAGAAACUGCUCGACAAACUGGAGACAAUCUGGUUGAAGGAUGCCACCUAUAUUGCAGGAAGUGACAUAUCCAUUGCUGAUAUACAUUGCAUCACAGAGCUCACUCAGGUUGGAACGACUGGCUAUGACAUGGUGAAGAACAGGCCCAAGUUGAAAGCGUGGAUGGAACGCGUCAAGGACAAAUUACAGCCACAUUUUGAUGAUGUAUGCAAGAAGCCUCUAGCUACAUUUGCAGAGGAUUUCAUGAAAUUACAAGCGUCGAAGAAUCAAGAAUCAAAGAAGGAAAAUAAAAAAAGCUUGAAAUGCAACAUUAAACUACACGGAGACUACGUUUCUCAACCUUGUAGAGCUCUGGCACUUGUGAUGAAAGCAAAUAAUAUUGCCUAUGACUUUGUCUCCAUACCUUUGCUACCAAUCUCUGACCGAAGUUGUAAACCUGAGGGAAAUGCCGCAGCUGUUAAUCCAUUUAAAUGGGUGCCUACUCUUGAAGUGGAAGGCGAUGGAUGCAUCUGGGAGAGCUCUGCCGCACUGCAGUACUUGGCUGAGAUGGAUGGCGUACCAGAACACUGGUACCCCAAAAGUGGGAGGGCAAGAGUCAUGGUGAACACAUACUUAGCCUCACAUGGAUCAGACACACGAAAGAAUUCAUCAGGAUACUUUGUCAGGAGUUACGUAGGAAAAUACUUCAAUAUGACUUUCACCGAGGAUGAGGUUAAGGAAAUUCAGGAGGGGUUUGAAAAACUGCUCGACAAACUGGAGACAAUCUGGUUGAAGGAUGCCACCUAUAUUGCAGGAAGUGACAUAUCAAUUGCUGAUAUACAUUGCAUCACAGAGCUCACUCAGGUCGGAACGACUGGCUAUGACAUGGUGAAGAACAGGCCCAAGUUGAAAGCUUGGAUGGAACGCGUCAAGGACAAACUGCAGCCACAUUUUGAUGAUGUUUGCAAGAAACCCCUUGCUACGUUUGCAGAAGAUUUCAAGAAAUUCCAAAAGUCAAAGAAUCAAGAAUCAAAGAAGGACAAUAAAAAGAGUUCCUCCUGUCAAAUACUGUAG